AUGGAGCACACACCAUCUGUGAAACCUGAUCCCGCAGUAUCUGCAGAUUCUCCUACGCCAUCCUCAGCAGAGAAAUUUGAGGAACUUUACGGGUCACGAGAGCUGAUAGGACAAGGAGGUUACGGAAUUGUCUAUGCAGGAUACAGGAAGACUGAUAAUUUGCCAGUUGCUCUGAAAUUUGUAGAUAUGAAGAAAAUAAAGAUGUGGGCAAAAACGUCUGAGAAAGGAGAGGUUCUGCCCUUGGAGAUUGUACUCUUGCGUCAGGUCUGUAACAAACCCACAUGUGAGGGUGUGGCUCAGCUUCUUGACUACUUUGAGCUGCCUGACUUCUACCUCAUGGUCCUGGAACGCCCAGAGCCUUGCCUUGACCUCUUCAACUAUAUGCAGAGACAGCAUGGCUACCUGGGUGAGAGUUUGGCAUGCCAUUUUCUGAGCCAGGUGGUCAGUGCACUGAUGCACUGCCACAGCCGUGGGAUUGUCCACCGAGACCUCAAGCCAGAGAACAUUCUGGUAGAGAUAGCAACCCAGUGUGUCAAGCUGCUUGACUUUGGUUCAGCAGCUCUGCUCAUAGAGGGGUCCUACACAGAAGUAGUUGGUACACCUGAGUACUUUCCUCCGGAGACCAUUCUCAGAGGAGAGUACUUUGCCAUUCCUGCAACAGUGUGGUCUGUGGGUGUCCUGUUGUUCCAGAUGGUAUGGGGUGAUGUGCCUUUCCACAGUGAUGAUGAUAUCAUCAAAGGAAUUCUACAUUUUCCGAGGGGCAUAGCAAGAGAUUGCCGCCAUCUUAUCCGAAGAUGCUUAGCUGCCAGUCCAAAUGACCGUCCCACCCUUGAACAGAUACUUCAGCAUCCAUGGAUAACAAAGAACCAAAACGUCUGUAUUUAAAUCAAAUAAAACU